CCUCGUCAGCUGCUGAAUAACUAGCUAGCGAGGAAGUCUUAGCCCCGGACGACUGGAUGUUGGACUGUAACGCCAGAUAUUUCACCGACGGAUUGUAGACGUCUUCUGUCCAGCCGGUAGCUACGUCGGCGGGACAAGAUGUUUAAAAAACUUAAGCAGAAGAUAAACGAGGAGCAGUCGCCGCAAAGGAAUGCGCAGUCAACUCAGCAGGCCCAGGUGGGCGGUGGAGAACGACGCAACAGCCAAACCCCUUCUUUUCAUCAGGAUGGCAUGCCCUCUCCCAGUGACAGAGAGAGUACCUCUAAAGGACCAGCGAGGUCUCCCAGAGGCAGCAUCAAUGGGGACGAAACUGCUUCUCCUCAAAGAGAGGAGUCGCAGUCGUUCGCUCACAAACUUCAGCUGAAAGUUCCCUCCAUGGAGUCGCUGAUUCGUGGUGGCGCAAGUCGAGCGGAAAACCUCUUCCGCUCUUCAUCGAAAGAAAACCUGGUUCGAAGCUCAUCGCGUGAUUCGCUGACGCCUUUGGGUGAAAACGAGUCCGGGGCUCCGGCGUACGACCCGUCGUCAGAUAUUGAGAGUGAAGCCGAGGAGCCUCCGGGAAGUGCAGAGUCCCUUUCUAAGGAGCAGCUGCUGCACCGACUGCUUCAAGUGGAGAGGAGCCUGGGAAAGUACAGAGGGAGGUACUCGGAGCUGGUUACUGUUUAUCGAACAGCACAACGAGAAAAAGAGAAAACACAGGCCAUCUUAAGUCAAAGUCAAGAUAAAGCUCUUCGCAGGAUCGGAGAGCUCCGUGAGGAACUUCAAAUGGACCAACAGGCCAAGAAACAUCUUCAGGAGGAGUUUGAUGCUGCACUGGAAGAGAAAGACCAAAUGAUCACCGUCCUCCAAACUCAGGUGGCUCUGUUAAAGAAGCGAGUCAAAGGGGUCUCUGAUAGUUCGCUCCCCCCUGAAGGUGAGGUUCCUCAGUCUGAGGUGGCUCAAGAAUCAUUAUCUGCCAUGCAGAGUCCAUCAAAGGAGCAAGGACUGGAACCUGAAGGCACAGAGGGAGAGGGCAACAGUGAUCCAGCCAAAUUUAUGGAGGCUCUGCAGAAGAGGGUGAAAAGGCAAGAAAACCUGCUGCAGAAAUGCAAAGAAGUGAUGCGGACGCACAAGGAGCGCAGCGCUCAGCUGAGCAGCGAGAAUGAAACGCUGCAGGAGCAGCUGCAGGAGAGGCUGCAGGAGCUGGAGAAGAUGAAGGAACUGCACACAACAGAAAAGACCAAGUUGAUCACUCAGCUGCGGGAUGCCAAGAAUCUCAUUGAACAACUGGAGCAGGAUAAGGGAAUGGUCAUUGCUGAGACGAAGCGGCAAAUGCACGAGACGCUGGAAAUGAAAGAGGAGGAGGUCGCACAGCUGCGCUCCAGGCUCCAGCAGGUCACCGCUCAGAAAGAGGAGCUACAGGAUCAGAAAGAAAAGGCUGAGAAAUCAGCAUUUGAGGAGCUCGAACGAACUCUGGGUGUAGCUCAGAGAGCAGACGAGGCCAGAAAACAGCUGCAGGUUCAGCUGGACGAACGAGUGAAGGAAAUUGAAAGAGCCGGCGAGGAAGAGAGGAAGAGUCUUCAGCAGGAACUCACACGUGUCAAACAGGAAGUUGUCACCAUCAUGAAGAAAUCAUCCGAGGAAACUGUGGCUAAUUUGGAAAAGACUCACAGUGAAGAAUUAGCUGCUAAAGAAACGGAAGUAAAAGACAAAAUCAGCAAAGCAGUGGAGCAAUGCAGGGAGGAGUUUGAUCAGAUUUCCAAGGAGCGAGAACAACAAGCGUCUCUUGCUCUGGAGGAUGCAGAGCUGCAGAAGGCAGCUAUAAGAACAGAAGCCGAUAAUAAGAUUAAGGAGACGCAGCUGGAGCUGGAGACCGCAAGAACAAGGAUUUUGGAGCUGGAGAGCUCUGUGAACAUCUCACCAAAUGAAUCCAGUUCCUCCAGUGAACUGUCCGGUCAGCUGGAAGAGCUAAACAAUCGAUACAAAGAGCAAAUCUCUGCAUUAGAAGAAAAACAUCAGGAGCAGCUGGAAAAGCACAAGGCCGCUCUGACCCAGGAGCAUAAUGCUGCUAUCGAGGAACUCAAGGAAAAACACAAAGUUGAACUAGAAACCCUUGUGAACGAGAGAGAGCUGCAAUUCCAAACUCACGUUAAAGACAUGAACCAUAAGACUUUAGAGAAACUAGAUGCAAAGCAGGCCAAAUUGGAGGCGCUUUCUGCAGAACUUUCAGACGUUCUGAACAACAAACAGCUUCUGGAGGAGAAGCUGGUGGCCGCUGAGGAAACUUCAAGGGUUGCACAAGAGGAAUAUGAACGAAAGGUUCAAGAUCAGAUGUCGAAACACAGCGUUGAGCUUGAAAAUGUCAAACACGAUCACGAAAAGUCACUUGGAGGCGUAGAAAAAACUUUGAAGCAGGAGCUCAAUGCACUAAAAAUUGUAGUGAAGGAAAAGGAAAAGGAGAUCGAACAACUUGUCCUAAAAGAAAAAACGCUACAAGUGGAAUCAAAUUCCACUGUAAAAAACCUACAAAUCAAGGUAAAAGAAUUUGAAGCUCUACAGCAGACUUUAUUACAAGCCCAACAAGAAAACGAGAGCCUGAAAACAUCUAAUGUUGAGUCUAGUAAGAUCGCCGAGGUUCUGGAUCAGUGCAGGAGAGAGCUGACAGACCUGAAGCAUCAGUUGGACGUAGCGAACGGUGAUUGUCAACAAAAAGGGAAGUUGCUUCAAGAAGUGGAGCAACGGUUACAGGAAACCAAAAACGAGCUUUCUAAGAAGGAGACGACACACUCAGAGGAACUGAACAGAAAUCUGGAGGAGCAAACGUGUCUCAAGAAACAGCUGGAUGAUGAAAGAGCUGACCACGAGGCCAAGUUAAAAAACACUACAACUGAGAUGGAAGCCAAGCUGAAAACUCAGGAGGCAAAAAUGGAAAAGAUAAAGCAAAAGGCCAAAGAGAUGCAAGAGAACUUUAAGAAAAAGCUGCAGAAGAACGAAGAAAACGUGAGGAAGGAGCUUGCCAAGAAAGAGCUGGAGCUUCAGCAGCAGGAGCAACAAGUACAAGAGAAAAUUGUGGAAAUGGCUCAGAAAAGUUCCCAAGGCCUUAGCAGCGCGGUGUCGGAGCUCCAGGCCAACCAUAAGGAAGAGCUGGAGAAACUGCACGCCACCCAGAAGCGUGAGGUCGAGGAGUUGGAGCAUCGUUGGCAGGAGAAGCUGGCACAGCAGGAGGAAGAACUAACGGAGAAACAUUUGCUUACAAUACAGGAGAAGGUCCAGGAACUGGAGGAAGUGUCCCUACAGCUUAGCAGGAGCAGAGAGGAGAACGAACGAGCGUCGCGUGAAUUAAAAGCUGUCAAGGAGGACCUGGCGAUCCGAGACACCACCGUGCAGAAGCUGCAAGAAGAACUCAAGGAAGCAGCGGUUAAGCUUGAAAAUUUAUCUCAGGGUGAAGCAUUGCUAAAAGAGCAAAUGGAGUCAGCAGAAAGAAACCUUAACCAAGCUCUGAACGAGAGAAACGCUCUCCAGGACAAGCUGAAGACAGCAGAGGAAGAAAGCACGGAGAGCAUAAAGACUUUGUCGGAUAAGUUAAACGAAACGGAAAACCAGCUGGAAGCGUUGAAAAAUUCCAGACUUCGGGAAACUGAGGACUUGGAGAGCAAGUUUAGGGAAACUUCCAUUCAGCAACGAGCCAAGGAAGCGGAGUUCCAGCAGCAAUUAAAUGCGAUCAUCAACAAAAUGGACCAUUACUGUCAGGAGGUUCGUUCUAAAUUAGAGUGCACUUCUGAUGGAUUCCAACAGCGAGUAGAACGUCGAAUGAAAGGGCUAAAUGAUAGACUGCAGUGCAGUCAGGACAAGGUCGGGCAUCUCAGAAACAUUUUCCCUACUAAGCUAGGUAGAAUUAGCACUUUAGAGGAGACUCUUCUCCGGCGCACAGAGGAGAAUAAGAAUCUAUGCAUUUCAGUAGAACAGAUGACUGCUCAGGUAAACGUUCACGUGGAGCACAUCGAAGCCUUAAAACAAGAGAAGGACUGUCUUUCUCAGCGCAUCAGCGAGCACGUUCAGAAAAUCCAGGAGCUGGGCGAAGUAGACAGGGUCGUAUCCGAAACUUUGAAAACAAACGAGCUGCGCGUGGCUGACUUGGAAAGCGUCGCCGCAGACUUGAAGAACCAGCUUGCAAGUAGCAUAAACGACAAGGAGGAAGCCGUAAAUCGGGUGAUUCAGCAGUUUGAAAAGGAGAGACAGCAGAUGAAAGAGAGCAUAGAGAGAUUAGAGCAGGAGAAGAAGUGCAAUUCAGAGGAGGCAGAUGCCCUCAGGAGCAGCCUAAAGAAGGCAGAGAUUAAAUUCGCCCAGGAUGAUAACACUAUUAAGUCUCUGCAGUCGAGGCUGGAAGAGCUGGAGAAGGAGAUCUCGGAAAAGAACGAAGCUCUGCAAAGAUUGUCUGCGAGUUUUGACAGUCAGUCCAUCAGCAAGUGUGAGAUGGACCAGGUGCUGAGUGAAAAAGAGCAGAGAGUCAGCGACCUUACUCGGGAGCUCGACGGCUUCAUCAGCCGACUCGGCGAGCUUCAGGAGCAGUUAGCCCUGAAGACGAAAGAGUGCGAGCAGCUCACGUCCGACCUCAAACAGCAACACGAUGUCAGGGAGAACGAAAAAAGGGAGUUGGUGGAGCAGCUGCAGCAGAUCCAGACACGGUGCGCUCAGAACGGCAGUUUGGAGCAGGAGAUGGUGGAGAAGUUGCGUUCCCUCGAGGAAGAACACCAGAAGUGCAAACACAUGCUUGAGAGUCAAAGGGAUGAGUUUGAGCAGAAGACAAAUGAACUCAUCAGAAGCAAGGAGGAGAGGCUGAAAAAAACCGAGGAGCACUCGAGGAAAGUAUCCGAGCUGAAGAAGAAGGCUGAGCAGACGAUCAGUCAGAUUAAAAAACAGCUGACGGCCCAGCUUGAGGAAAAAGAGCAGACGAUUUUGACUCUUCAGGGCAGCCUGGAAGAAAACAAGAGCAACGAGGCUUUGGGCAAAAAACAAAUCCAAGAAUUGGAAGAGAAAACAAGAACUCUUGAAGAAGCUCUCGUCAAGGCCGCAGAAGAGCAGGAGAAAAAGCUUGAAGAGGCUCUGAGUAACGAGAAGCUGGAGAAGGAGAAGUCUUUGGAGGAGCUGAGAGUCACGUAUGAAGACAAACUGAUGUCCUUUCAGAGAGACGCUGUGCAACAGGAGGAGCUCAAAGAAACGGAGUCAGCGCUGCGCGACAUCCAGGCAAAGCUAAAAGAAGCUGAGGAGCAGAAUGAAAACCUCCUUGCAGAACUAAAUCAUCUGAAAAAGGAAAUCCAUGAGAAGGACGUACAGAUCAGUCAGCAGCAGGCGAAUGAGACGGUCCAGAACUCGUCGGAGGCCGAGGUGAAGGUGGAACGUAGCAGAAUUCAACAAACCGCAAGUGUGAUGGAAAAUCACUCCCCGGCGCAGGAGGUGGACGAUGAUGAACCUCUUCAAACGCUCAAAAAUCAACUGAGCCAGAUGAAAAAUGAAAAGGACAAAAUACAGAAGGAUUUUACAAGUUUACAGAAAGAUAUGCGGUCACUGAGGAAGGAGCACGAGCAUGACCUCGAGUGCAUGAAGAAAGAGCUGCUGGAGGAGAAGGAACAAACGAUUAAGCUGGAGUUGGAAGAUGCAGAAAUGAAGCACAACUCUGCUAUGAAGCAAUUACUGAGGGAGUUCAACACACAGAUGGCUCUGAAGGAGAAGGAGCUCGACACAUCAGUGAAGGAGACCAUUGCCAAGGCCCAGGCUGUAGAAACCGAGCUCAUCUACAGCCAUCGUGAUGAAGCCAGCCAGCUGAGGAAGGUGAUUUCCCAGAAGGAGGAUGAUUUACAAAGAACCGUUAAGAAAUAUGAGCAGGUUAUACAGAGUCGGGAGGAGGAGAUGGGAGGCAGAGUGUGGCAGGUUCAGAAACAACUGGAAGAUCUGCAAGCUCGCUGCCAGAGCACUGCAGAGACGACCCCUGACGACCUACAGGCUCAGCUUGCUGAGAAGACGACUCUGCUGAGUGAGGCUCGGCUGAAGGAGCAGGGCUUUGUUGAAAGAAUUCACUCACUUGAAGACAAGAUUAAAUUUUUCCAACGCAGCGCUGUUGUAACUCAUCUGGGAGGCACAUACAAAGAUCCUGGGAUCAACACUCCUGAUGCUCUUUCAGAGUCCACAGAGAUGGAGUAUUUGAGGAAGGUGCUGUUUGAAUACAUGAUGGGACGAGAAACAAAAACGAUGGCCAAAGUGAUUACCUCUAUGCUCAAGUUUCCUGCAGACCAAGCGCAAAAGGUUUUGGACAAAGAAGACUCGAAAGCUGCUCCUUGGUUACGAUGAGUCUUUGAUUUGGGAACUUCUUGAUUAUCUGCUGCUUCUGCUGAUGGGAAAGACCGCCA